AUGAAAUUCACAUAUUUGUACUACAUCGCGGGUCUCGCACCCUUUUUAUCACAAGCAUGUCUCCUCCCCGAAGAACUCGAAGGAAAACCACGAAUUUUACGUCGUCAGACUAGUAAUGGACUCGCUAUCGGAACAGGUGAUCGCUACAGCGCGGGAACCAUUGCACCACGGGGUGUAGGUUCUCAAACCACCACCGUGACCACGCUUUUGAACGUUAAUGAGAUUACGAGCGGUAUUAAAGGUCUGGCAAAGGUUUACGGUAUUACCACUUUCAACACGCCAUAUACGACUUAUAAUGGUGCUUCUAUUACUGGUGCCAAAGUGGGAGGAAACGGAACAUGUAAUGAUGCAAUCCGGGUGUGUUUGAAUGCAGCCAUUCAUGCGAGAGAGCGAGGUGCUUCCGAUGGCUUGUUGUUUUUCAUUGGAGAUCUCUUGUAUGCCAACAAGAAUGGUCUCGGUUUGAAAUUUGGCCCGAAGUCUUACACCAAUGCUCAGGUGGUGACGGCGCUGUCAACUGGAAUUGUCUUUGUUCCUCUCAGUAACCCUGACGGGGUGGCUUAUGAUCAGUCUACCAAUAGCUGCUGGCGCAAGAACCGAAAUCCAAAGUCGGGAACUGGAACCUCUGCUGGUGUAGAUUUAAAUCGUAAUUUUGACUUUUUGUGGGAUUUAACGAAAUUUGCGACGAGUGUUCGAUCGCAAGUCGCAUCUACCAGUCCUUCAUCUGAAGUAUUCCACGGUACCGCCGCCUUCUCCGAGCCUGAAACCCAAAGCAUCAAAUGGGUAAUGGACACCUACUCCAAGAUCCGCUGGUUCGUCGACCUCCACUCCUACGCCGGCGACGUGCUCUACUCCUGGGGCAGCGAUACCAACCAGGUCGCGUACCCCAACAUGAAUUUCCUCAACUCAACCUACAACUCUGUUCGGGGCAUCCUAACCGACACACCUGGCUCCGGUUCCGGCUACGGCGAAUACACGCCCGCGGCUGAAAAUACCGCCAACAAAGCCGCCGCUACCAAAAUCGGUGCUGGUAUGAGUGCUGCGGCUGGUCGCACAUAUGGUGUUCUUCCGGCUGCGGAUUUGUAUCCGACGAGUGGUGCGAGUGAUGAUUAUUCCUACUCGAGACAUUUUGCGGACACGUCGAAGAAUCUGAUUCAUGGGUAUACGGUGGAGUUUGGGUUUGGAAAUUCGGCGUCUUCGUGCCCGUUUUAUCCGACGCAGGCCCAGCAUAAUUCUAAUUUGCAGGAGAUUGGGGCGGGGUAUAUGGAGUUGUUGUUGGCGGGGGUUAGUUUGGGGUUGGGGGAUGCGACGGUUUGUUAG